GCCUCUUUAAUCCAUAUACCUACCAACGUUGUUUGUUUUCGUAACUCUCUCGUACGUACGUUUCUCCACUUUACUUUGUCUCCCAACCUCUCACUCCUAAUCCCUUAUUCAACACUAAAAUGAGCAAGUUGUGGAUUUUUAUCACCCAACUUAAUUCGGUUGCUGGGCCAGUGUUGAUGUUAUUAUAUCCUUUGUAUGCUUCGGUUGUUGCAAUAGAGAGCACAUCCAAGUUAGAUGAUGAACAAUGGCUUGCUUAUUGGAUCAUUUAUUCAUUUCUCACUCUUGUGGAAAUUGUUCUUGCCUCCCUCUUAGAGUGGAUACCAAUUUGGUAUAAUGCGAAACUAUUUCUUGUGGCAUGGCUAGUUUUGCCACAGUUCAAAGGUGCUGCUUUCUUGUAUGAAAGAUUCGUGAGACAACACGUUCGAAAGUACAUCACUCCUAACAAAGUGAAACAUGUUUCAUGAGGGAUGUUGAAAAGUAAGGAAGGAAGGAAGGUGCUGCUGAGCAGUGGAUGGAUUAUGGUGGCUAUUAAGAUAAAAGGUUUUGAAUUUAUAUUAUUUAGUAUGUUUUUCGUAUUUUGUUUUGUUUGACAAACUCACAAUGCUUCUUGUUAACGCAUCGUGAGUUUUAGGGUAGGUGUUAAAAUAAUAAGUUGUUGGGCUUUAUAUUAUUGGGCUCAUUAGGUUUAUAGUCUACUAGGUUUUGCUAUAUAAUCUCUUGUAACUCUAUUUUAUUUAGUUAAUGUAAUUCUAAUAUUAUGUAA